UGCUUUGCUGCAAAUUGCUGCCAAAGUCUGGGCGAAAGGAGGGUCCGGUGUCCCCCUGUUCCCCCUCCCCGUGUCAAUGUUCUUCUCGCCCGCUUUGCUAGCGAGUUUCUUGCCCGUCCUGUUGUCUCCCUGGGCGGUGACCGCUGUUGUGAAGGAUGGAGACAUGGUGCAGCUGCCUGGUGGGAAAUUGGAAAUUAGAACCACCUUAUUGGAUGGUGAAAAUGAAGACAGAUCCUUCAGGACCAUCAAACCAUUUGUUAUGGACAAGUAUCCGGUCACCAACAGAGACUUCCGGGAGUUUGUGAAGGACCAGAAAUACAAAACAGAAGCAGAGGAAUUUGGCUGGAGUUUCGUCUUUGAGAAUUUUGUCCCAGAAGAGCUUCAAAAGAAAGUGACACAAAAACUGGAGUCCGCACCAUGGUGGCUUCCGAUUGAGAAAGCAUUUUGGAGGCAGCCUUCAGGUCCUGGAUCCAGCAUCAAAGACAGGCUAGAGUACCCAGUGUUGCACGUGAGCUGGAAUGAUGCCCAGGCUUUUUGCAAAUGGAAUGGGAAGAGGCUACCGACGGAAGAAGAGUGGGAGUUUGCUGCUAGGGGAGGCCUGAAGAACAGAUUGUAUCCUUGGGGAAACAAAUUCCUAGCCAACCGCACAAACCUCUGGCAGGGCAAUUUCCCCAAGGUUGACACAGCUGAAGAUGGCUUCCGCGGAGUAUCACCAGUAGCAGCGUUCCCUCCUCAGAACAACUAUGGCUUAUACGACUUGCUAGGAAAUACUUGGGAAUGGACAUCCUCAGAGUAUCGUCCAAAUGGUCCUGCAUCCCGCCAGCCAGCUCAAAAGAUGUGUGUCCUGCGAGGAGCAUCUUGGAUUGAUACGGUGGAUGGCUCUGCCAAUCACAAGGCUCAGGUUACAACCAGGAUGGGGAACACCCCUGAUUCUUCUUCAGACAACUUGAGUUUCCGAUGUGCCACCAGCCUCAUCAAGCAGCCAACCUUGGAAGCUGUCAGCAAAAAGACCGAACUCUGAAGACAUCACUAAACUCUUUUAAAAAGACCCAGAUCUUUUCUCCUAUGGAGAUGGGUCAGCCUGCAUUUUUGCUGGCAAGACUUUAGGUUUUUUUAAAUAUGAGAUUGAUGAAGGGCAGUAUUAAUGUUUGAGCUAAAAAUGAAUAAUACCUUUCCACUGGCUGUAAUUGUAAUUCAGAUACACAGAUAUUGUUUGUUAUUUGCAGACCACUGGUCCCAUUCUGGAAUGAUCCUAUGCAUGCAACCAUUGUGCUACCUAAGCCAGGAUUGGCUGGGCUCAUUCAUCAUUCUAAGCUAUAUGUUUGCCAUAUGUUUGGCAUAGCAUUUUGUGUAAAUCCAUCUACUAAGAUUUGCAAGCUGUGGCUUGUGGCCAGCAUGCUGUGUUGAUUGAUUAAUAUAAGAAACCCCCAUUAACAAAAUAAUGGUUUGGCAGGAUGCAUAACCUUUUUGGCUCACACUGUGCCUAGGAGCCACAAGGGGCAUGGCUGAGGGUACUGUGAUGUCACUGGCACUGCCCACACCCUUUUUUGAAAAUGUUGCCUAAACCACAGUUGGCUUUCUUCACACAACAUUGUAAGCCAAAAUCAAACAAAUCAUGUUAUGGUUUAGCACUAUGUCAGAAUCCAGCCUCUAAUUCUCUGGGAUUUGGGGCAGAGCUCCAUGUGAUUUGUAAAUCCAUAAAGUGGGUAAAUUCAUUCACCAGUUUAAUGUUAUGUGAACACAGUUACAGAGUGCUUCUCUAGAUGGAUGCUCUGGCUAUGCACUAUUGGUAAUAGCCUAAUUUGCACAAAAUAGUCACAAUAGCUGGGACACACAACACACUAAAUCAAAAUCAAACCACAUUAUGGUUUAGCAUGAUAAGUAAAUCUUUUCUAUGGAUGCAUUUGGUACAUCAGAUUAUUUGCGGGCAAGAGGUCUCAUAAAGUUUGUCUUCCUGCCACCUCCACGUUUUCUUUUCAAAUAGGAUGGGAACAAAAGGAUCCCCAGUUGUUCCAGGGCUGAAAAAAAAUCGCAUCUGCUUAACAGUGGAGAGAACUGAAGCUAGUUGGAGCCUGCAGUAGUUCUGAGACAGGAUCAUGGCCGAUUUGGGAUAAUGUUGUGUCAAGUUUGGAUGAAGUCUGAGAAUCCACAUGUCACAAUCCAAUCAUGUUGAAUAAAUAAAACACAUUUAUUGAUAA